AUACGAAAUUGCUUACUUUGCUUCCCAGCAUUUUUGCAGACCUUGCAUACGUCUGUUUACCGUGCGUCAAAUAAGAAUAAAUACCACUAAUUGAGAUUUCAGCACUUUUCGAUAUUGAAAGGUUUAUUGUGGGUACUUCAUUUGUCACUUAAAUCACGUUUUAUCCCCAUGCUAUACUGUUGGCGUUAGUAGGCCGGUGUGAUUGUUUAUUCGGUUUGUCUUGGGUAAAAGACGUAAUUUCUUCUAGUUAACGUAUUCACUUAGUUCUCAUAGACAUCAUAAUAUGCAUAAAAACUCAGAAAAAUGUUAGAAGUUGUGAAGUCUGUGGUAUGCAAGCGGUGUCACCUGCCAUGUUCAGUUGCGCCAGUAAGCAAAGACCCAGGUAGAAGACUAGCACUUUUAGGAAUUCUGUUAGCCAUUAUCCUUUCGGCUAAGUCCAUGGCUGAACUUAGCGAGGCUAUGUCCGCUGAAAUGACUAUUCAGCCUAAAGAAGAUAGGCCAUUUACGUAUUGGCCUUGCCGAAUGGCUCGAUCAGAACAAGAGGCUGUGAAGGAGAUAGUCGAUGAUCUUCUGAGCAACAAAGUCAUACAUCUGUCGACUAUCACCGUUCGAGUGCGAUAA